AUGUCUAUUCCUAUGAACCGCCUUGGCGGUCGCGGUGAGAAGCCCCGUCUGUUUUCGUUUAAUCACGCCGACAACGACGAUGACGACGUGGAGCGCGAGUACGAUCGCCUUCGCGACCUAGCCCGCGAGGAAGCCAACAAGCGUAACAACUGCUUCGAGCGCUCCCAGCAGGCCUACCAGUCCGGCGAUGGUGCAGCCGCCAAGGAGCUCUCGAACGAGGGCAAGCGCCAUGCCCAGAAGAUGGAGGACUACAACCGCCAGGCGUCCGAGUACAUCUUCCGCGAGAACAACGCCGCCGGCCGCGUCACGGGCAGCUGCGUCGACCUCCACGGCCAGUUCGUCGAGGAGGCGGAGCGCAUCCUCGAGGAGCGCAUCCGCGCCGACCGCGCCCGCGGCCAGGACCACCUGCACGCCAUCGUCGGCAAGGGCAACCACUCUACGGGCCACGUGCAGAAGCUGAAGCCGCGCAUCGAGGCGAUUUGUCGCGAGAUGGGCCUCAACUUCUCCACCGAGGAUAACGCCGGCAGGAUCUACAUCAACCUCCAGGGCGGCGACGCGACGAUGCCGCCGCCGCCUCAGCAGGGCGGUGGACACCAUGGUGGGCAACCGCAGCAGCAUCACGGCGGUCAGCAACAGCACCAUGGUGGUCAACAGCAGCACCACGGCGGUCAGCAGCAACAGGGGCAGGACGACGACAUCGUCGUCAAGAUCCUCAAGAAGCUGGAGAAGGCUUGCUGUGUCGUCAUGUAA